AUGCUCACUAUCGAAGAGAACAACACCACUGUGGGGUCUACGGUAACAGAUGACAUUCUUGCCACAGACUUGCCUACCAUGCAGUCCUCCGUCCUCAGCUUAGUUGAAUCCCCCCUGUCUUCUGUUCCCCCUAGCCCAAGCCCUGAAGCCAAUGAUACCACUGCCAAUGUUGUAGAUGUGGGCGCCAUCACUCCAGAGAUCAAUGAAGGUCUUGCGGAACUUCUUGAAACCAUCAUGGCGCAUCUUGAGUCUAACCCUUCCACUGAGGAAGCACCACCACUUUCAAUUCCUACUGAGCCUGAGCCUUGCAUGGAUGAAGGCCCCAGCCAGUCGUUGGUCCCUAUCUCAACUCAUCCCUUCGCCAAUGUAACAGUCUAUUUGACGGUCAUGUUACCUCCGAAUCGGCUCGACAACUUUUUCUGUCCCAACCUCUUGUCAUCUGUCACUGACAACAUCCCACUGGAUCUGGUACUCCAGGCGGUGCGACAUCAGCAUCCCGGCAUCUUUCAGGAACUUCAAGGCAAUGUUCCCGACAUCAAUCUACACCUCGCCACGUCCCACAUACCUAUUCCUCUGGUUGGAGAUGACACCUUGAGACUUCGACAAGGUGUUCAGCCAUUAGGCCGUUUGGCUGAGGCAUUCUCCUCCUCCUAUCCUCUUCGCUUUGCGGCCAUGGAUGCACCAGAAACGUCCAUGCUUUAUACCACCAAUUUCUGUGUCAUGGACCCAGAAUCAAAACUGGUGGUUCUGCAUAUUUACUUUCGGACGGUAUAUAUGCCUUCCCUCUCAGAUCAACUUCAGCGAAACUGGCUGGCUGGGCCGUCUAUCAUCCCUGUGACAACGGAACCUUUUGAGGAUGCAAGCCAUGCAAUCACUGAACGUCUCAAUUCCUUGUACCCAUCGGGGAAGGCUAGCCUCCUACAACUCAACGCCAAAGUCUUUGGCACAGCAUACACAAAAAUACGUACAGUGCGGAUCAUUGACACCAUCAUGGAUCAGCUCAACAUGUCUCUGUCUUCCCGACAUGAAGGUCACCUGGCUGAUGGCACGCCAGUCUCUGAAGAACUUCUUUAUGAGUGGGCUGGUUUGCAAUCCGGGACUUACCAGAACAGUCGAACGUUCGCCAAGAAAGCAUAUUGCUUGUGGAAGACGUUAGAAGCUCGUACCGUCACUCUUUCUCUCGCUACGGAGCAAAUAAGCCAUUUGGCUAUUCUGAAACGUCUAUUCGCAUCGCAGGAGAUAUCUGCAAGGUGGAAGCGGGAGUCUGGGAUAGACAAUGUAACGAAACAAACGGCUGGCUUAAAAAAGUCUGCUGUUGAAAAGAUGAUAGACGCUUGGACUCGUACUGAGGCUCUGGAUGAGUACGGUACAAUCUCAUGGGAGUAA